AUGAGCGACGAAAGCUUGUUCCGGUCGGCGAACAUGUCGUUGAUCCAGCUGUACAUUCCGUCGGAGAGUGUACAUGCUACGGUCACAGAGCUUGGCGAGCUUGGCAAUAUCCAAUUCAAAGAUCUCAACCCGGAUGUCGCGCCAUUUCAGCGUACGUUUGUCGCGGACAUCCGUCGUCUGGAUGAGAUGGACCGCCGUGUGCAGUUUCUCCAGGCGCAGCUGGAGCGCGAAGCGAUUCCAGCGCGUCCGUUGGAGAGUGCCAUGGCCCUCCUCUCCACGGAAGACCAGGCGCGUAGCCCGAUGAUGAUGGAGGAGCUUUCGCGCCGUCUCCAGGAGCAUGAGGAGCGUGUGAAGCAGAUGAAUACGAGUCAGGAGGCGCUGCAGAAGCGUCUUUUGGAGCUGGAAGAAGCGAAGAACGUCAUCCGUGAGACGGAGGUGUUUUUCCAGCAGGCGGAGGCGCAGCCGGAGGCCGUGCGUGUGAGUAUGGACACAGAUGCAGAGGCGCCCCUUCUUGAAAACCAGGGCCAGGUGCGGCCGAACAUGUCGGGCUUUGCACCUGUCGACCUGGAGUUUGUGGCGGGCACGAUUGAGCGUGCGCAUAUGCCGACGUUGGAACGUGUGUUGUGGCGUGCGCUCCGUGGCAACCUGUUUAUGAACUAUGCCGAGAUCCAGCAGGGCUUUGAGGACCCGUCCAAGGACGAGCCCGUGUUUAAGAAUGUGUUUGUGAUCUUUGCGCAUGGCUCAGCGGUGCUCGCGAAGAUCCGCAAAAUCUGCGAGUCAAUGGGCGGUACGCUCUACCCUGUUGAGAGCGAUGCGUCGCAGCGCGAUGCGCGUCUAGGCGAGGUGCUGGAGCGUAUUGAGGACCAUGAGAAUAUUUUGUACUCGACCAAUGCCGCGCGGCGUACCGAGUUGGUCCGUGUGGCCGAAUCGGUCGAGGCGUGGGCCGACUUGGUGCGUCGUGAGAAGCUGGUGUAUGGCACGAUGAACCUGUUCCAAGUCGACGUGAAUCAGAAGACUAUGGUCGCCGAGGGAUGGGCGCCCUCCUCGGAGCUGAGCAGUGUGCAGUUGGCACUGCGUCGCGCGACGGAGCAUACUGGGUCACACGUCUCGUCGGUAAUGCAGACGAUGCGGACGAAAGAGACGCCGCCCACGUACCAGCGGACAAACAAGUUCACGGAGGGCUUCCAGGCGAUUAUUGAUGCAUAUGGCCACGCGACAUACCAAGAAGUGAACCCGGGUCUGUUCGCUGUGAUUACCUUCCCGUUCCUGUUUGCUGUGAUGUUCGGUGAUAUUGGCCAUGGUAUUCUGAUGUUCUUGGCGGCGGGUGUGAUGGUGCUGUAUGAGCAGAAGCUGCUUCGGACGCGCCUGGACGAAAUUACGUCGAUGUUCUUCUAUGGUCGCUACAUUAUCCUGCUGAUGGGUGCGUUUGCAAUUUUCACGGGUAUUAUGUACAACGAUAUCUUCAGUCGCAGUAUGCACAUCUUCCACUCGGGAUGGGCAUGGCCGAAGAAGGGCGGAGAAGGGUCGCUGACUGCUGAGCCGACCGGCCAUGUGUAUCCUAUUGGCCUGGAUCCCAGCUGGCACGGAGCGGAGAACAACCUGGUGUUUACCAACUCGCUCAAGAUGAAGCUCUCGAUCGUGCUGGGUGUGGCACACAUGACGUUUGCGCUGAUGCUCAAUGUGCCGAACCACCUCCACUUCAAGCGUGCGUCGUGGAUUUGGGCGGAAUUGGUGCCGCAGGUCCUGUUUAUGGAGUCGCUGUUUGGCUACCUCGUGAUUACGAUUGUGUACAAGUGGUCGACCGAUUGGUACGCAACGGACGCCCAGGGUCAGCCGCUGCACAACUCGCCGCCGGGUCUGCUGAACAUGCUGAUUUACAUGUUCCUCAAGCCAGGUGUGGUUGAUCCCGAGUCGCAGCUGUAUGCAGGCCAGGCGUCUGUGCAGAUGCUCCUCCUGCUUCUAGCGUUGGUAUGUGUGCCGUGGAUGCUGGUCACCAAGCCGUACCUGCUGUACCGCGAGCACAAGCAGCGCCAGGGGGCUGGCUACCAUGCGGUUGGCUCGGCCCGUGGCGAGCAGCGCGUAGCGGAUGGCCACGACGAAGAUGAGCGUGCACUUGAAGACGAUAUGAUCCCCGAAGACGAGGAGGAUGAGGAAGAGUUUGAGAUGGGCGAAGUGGUCAUCCAUCAGAUUAUCCAUACCAUUGAGUUCUGCUUGGGCUGCAUCUCCAACACUGCAUCGUACCUGCGUCUGUGGGCGCUGUCGCUGGCGCAUGCACAGCUCUCGCAGGUGCUGUGGGAUAUGACCAUCAAGAAUGUGUUUGGUAUGACAGGCCUGUUUGGCGUGUUUGCGACCGUGUUCGCCUUUGCGCUGUGGUUCGUCCUGACCAUCGCCAUUUUGUGUAUUAUGGAAGGUCUUUCUGCCUUCCUGCAUGCUUUGCGUCUGCACUGGGUCGAGUCCGGCUCGAAGCACUACGAAGCGGGUGGUUACCCCUUCGAACCGCUCACCUUUGUGCCCGACGCAUCCUCAUAG